UGCAUUGUGGGAAAGUGAGGUGUGAUUGACGUGGCGGCCAUUUUGCCGCUGGCCGCUCGGUUCCCAUUGUGUGCGAUAGUAAACAGUGCGAGUGCCAGGCAAAGCUCUGUACACAUUUUCACUGCGCCGAAUUCAACACGUUCGCCCGAGCAGAUUGAGGAAGCAUGGCCCGUACCAAGCAAACCGCCCGUAAGUCUACAGGAGGCAAAGCUCCUCGCAAGCAGCUGGCCACUAAAGCAGCUCGAAAGAGUGCGCCCUCUACUGGAGGAGUGAAGAAACCUCACCGAUACAGGCCCGGUACUGUGGCUCUGCGUGAGAUCCGUCGGUACCAGAAGUCCACCGAGCUGCUGAUCCGUAAGCUGCCCUUCCAGCGUCUGGUGAGAGAGAUCGCUCAGGACUUCAAAACGGAUCUGCGCUUCCAGAGUGCCGCCAUCGGAGCCCUGCAGGAGGCCAGCGAGGCGUACCUGGUGGGUCUUUUCGAGGACACCAACCUGUGUGCCAUCCACGCCAAGCGUGUCACCAUCAUGCCCAAAGACAUCCAGCUGGCGCGCCGUAUCCGCGGAGAGCGCGCCUAGACACCCGUUGUCCUGCUCCUUCCAUCCUUUCUGUCUUUUUUCCUCUCUCUCUCUCUCUUUGUCUAUCUCUCUGUUUCUCCACUCGUCUCUCCCCUUCUUUCUUGGUAGAGUUUAGAAUAUCUGCGACGGGGAGGCCAAUGUGUUUCAGUCUGCUAGUGCUGUCUCACUGACGCGUAGGGUACCUGUAUGUGCAUGUAACAGACGCUUCUGAUCACACACACACACACACACACACACACACACACACGCAUGCACACUUCCACAGCGUAUAAGAGUCGGAGCGUAAACGAGGUCCACCCUUGCCAAGCUUGGGGAUUGAACACACAUACAUAGGCGAAGGUGGAUUCUGGGGUUAGUCUGCUUAAGGGGAGCGGCAACUUCCACAGCAGGGUGCUACUAAAACUGCCCCAGACCACCUUCACUUACCCCCUUUUCCACCUCUUUAAAUUACCCCCCCCCCCCUUAAAAUUACUAAUUACCUUCACAUACCUACCCUGUAGCCCUGUUAAUUGCGUGUGCACCCACAUGUUUAUCUUGGUGUGUCUGAUUAAGUGUGUGUGUGUGUUGAGGAUCAGCAAAGCAGAAAUCGUAUUCAACUGCAAACCAGCAUCUAUUGGUUCUAAAGUUGUUACUUAUAAUAUUGAUGAUUACUAUUAUUGUUGGUGGGUUUUUUUUUUUCUUCUUUUUUUUUCUAUGAUGCAUAGUCAUGAGUUGUUUUACCACUGUUAUGGGAUUUAAAAAAAACAAAACGACAAAAAAUUUGAACGAGAAAUAUUAGUUUGUUUGUUCAUUAUAAUUAUGAUUUUUUAUUUUAUUUUUUCGUCCUCGGUGAUCGCCGAUCCUGCUCCUCCUGUUCUAACUUUUCAGGCAGCCACAGGGGGGCGCUCUAAACCAGCCUCUCAUUUUCACUUUCAUGUUCUUCACAUGUCCCUCAAUCUCCUCUGAAGUCCCUGCCUCCUACACCCCCCCCCCCUCCAAACCCCGCACCCCAAACCCACCCGUGUGUUUUUUCUUUUCUUUUCUUACACAAAUCGCCAAUUGUUAAAGGAAAACUGUAGCAAAAAGAAAAAUCGUCACGUUUAGUUUUAUGGAGUGUGUUCUCUCUCUCUCUCUCUCUCUCUCUCUUCGUGUAGAUUCUCUGGCUCUGUCGUGAUACAAGUGUAUAACCUCAUGUUCCUGUUUAUUUUUUCUUAUUCAGAAAUUUAAAUAAGCUGAUCUUUGUAUUUUCCAAAUUUCUCAUACUAUGGUGGUAAUAAAUAGAUGUUACACAA